UUACUUCUAUGCUUGUCAUUGUUCUGAGAUCGGAACUGUCGUCUGUAGUCUAUCAUUUUUCUAAUUUUACCUAGGUACCAGGCUAGGUACUAUUUGUUUUUAUUAUGUACAGAAUCCUUUGAAACACCCGUAGACUUGCAGUCUGCCCCUAUAUUUAGUAUUAUAAAUUACCCUAGAGUGCUUCUUAAACUAAAUUAUGUACCUAUUGUCAAGAUAAUAAUAUAUAUAUGUUUUCUACGUUAAAUUAUGUAUUGUAUACAUAUCAUCGAGCAUAUAGGUUUUCGAAUGUUAUGAACUGCGUAACAGUGAUGAUAACCCGUAUAAAAAUAUACGUUUAGAUCGAUAAAGUCUCUAUGUUUUGAGUUAUUCAUUAUUUUGUGUAAUACAACAAUUUCACGUAUGCCAUCGUAUUGGAGUUUUUAAUGUAAAUAGGCAUAUAUAUGAAAUCAAGGCCAUGUCAUGGGGUGCCUACAUAGUAAAAAGGAGUCUACAGACGUUUUACAUCCUAAUGUGUUUCGUGUGGUGAACAUAGACGAAAAUGGGUCAGAUUUAUGUUCUGGCCAACUAGAGAUCACCGAGUCUGACAUUAUACUGUACAGAGAAGGGAGAGACUCCACAGUGUGGCCUUUACAUUCACUAAGGAGAUAUGGAUUCGAAGGGGAAAUAUUUAGUUUUGAAUCAGGGAGGAGAUGUGAAACAGGAGAAGGAAUUUAUGCAUUUAAAUGUAGAAGAGCAUCAUUGCUCUUUCGUACCUUGCAACAACAAAUACAGUUAAGAAAUGUUGUUCAUGAAUCAGUAUCAUAUCCUAUGUCAAGACUAACUCCAUCACCGCAAGGGCGACAAACUGUACAAGCUAGUGUUGUCCACCGAUCCUCUAUAGAUAACAGCCAAGCAGACAGUGUCAGAGCCGCCAAUAUAGCAUCACAAACAAAUAUUCUGAGAAACAGUACACAGUCCCCUAGAUCACCUUCAAGUGCAGAUAUCUUAGAGGUUAUGCCUUUAAAUCCUCGAACUAACAAUAGUUCCAAUCAUGUUACUAAUUUAUAUCAAUUCCGUGACUUUAAAAGGGAACACAAUAAUAACCAAAGUGAAACUAUGACCAACACCGGACACGAGUAUUGUAAUGAUCUUAGUAGAGAUUUGGCUGUUCUUAGGCAUUCAUUGAGACAAGAAACAGCUUUGAAUACACUAAAAGAUAUUGAGGAUGAAAAUCGUUACCUUGAGAACAAAAAAAGAAAUAAAAGAUUGUCUUCAGGUCAAAUAAUGAACCCUUUAUCACCUACCCUGAGUAAUGAACACUAUGCUCAACUUAGUAUAGAACAACAAGAAGCAGCAAGAUUGUACAUGAAUAUUGCACCAAAUGAAAUAAGUCUGUCACAAGUGAGCAAAAAUGAUACAAUACCCACUACUCCUCUUACACCAAAACAAGUGGAAUAUUGCAAUUUAUCAUUAGGAAUCAAACCAGAGCUUAAUACAUAUGCAAACUUAUCACUGGGUGAGUUGGGUGACAGUGUCAAAAAUAUUAAACAAGCACUGAGCUUGUCUGCUCACUCUGAUUAUAAUCCAAAAUUCUCAGAGUCUGAUACAUUCACUUCUAUGUCACCCGUAGAAGAAUUGGAGGUAAAUUAUGCUGUUUUAGAUAUAGAUUCUAAUAAAGAAAUAGCCGCUAUGACUAAAGAAGUUAUUUCUUCAGAGAAUAAUAAUUCCCAUAGUAGCAACAAAACCGAAAGCCUAGCCUCGGGCAGUACACAAUCAAGAACAAGACUAGUAUCACAGAAUGGCACAGACAAGACUCCUGCAGUAAAUAUACCUGCAGCAACACCUUUAGCUACUAUAGGAUAUACUACUAUAGACUUUGACAAAACUGUUGCCCUGACAUCUGUAGCUUCAGGAACUGAUGUUGAUGUUGAGGGUCCAAGAAAAACAAGACACAACUCCUGUAACAUGCCAUGCGGAAGUCCAGCUUCAGAGAAAAGCAAAAGUAAUUAUGGAUAAAUUGUAAAAAUAAUAUUAUUUAUACUCACAUAACUCAUGAGCCAAAAAUGGCUAAUGCAAGUUUGCCAAUGUAAUCUAUUAAAUAUAAUAUAAUAUAAUUAAGUAAAACAAUCCAAACAAUUUAGCUAAUUCAUUAGUAAUUUUGAAACAUAAAAAUAUAACAUUUUGAAUUGUUGUCAAAUGUUAGUUUCCAUAAUUAUGUAAGAAGGCAACACACUUUCUAAAACAAAUUGGCAUAAAAUUAAGCACUUUACGAGUUAUGGGAUUUCAAUGCAGAUAUUACUAACUUAAAACAAAGCUCCUAUAACAUUUAAUAAAAAAAUAAUUUAAUAUCUGGUGCUAUGAAAUUAAAUGAAAUAUUGACCACAUAUUUAAACUGUUUCUAUAAAACUUAAAGCUACCACAUUCACAAAACUGAGUUACAUAAUACAAGUUAAACAACAUGUGGCAUUAAUUUGAGAAAAUGAGUUAAAGAUUGAAGCAUCAUUUACAUAGCUGCAAAAUUCAGUCUACAUUUGGCUCUAGGGCAGUGCAGACACGCUUUUGCUGUUUUUGACCAUUGUUCCUAUAAAUAUAUAAGAUUACUUUAAUAAUAAUCGCCUGUCUUCUUAUUAAAUAUUAGAGUCUCAUAUUAUUUUCUUGCAUUGGUACCAUACUAUAAUAAUUUAAAAAAGAAAAAUAAUAUUGGGCCUGUAAAUGUAAACGAAUAGGUAUUUGUAUUUGUUUUCUGUUUAAAAUGGAAUUUUAAAUUUAUAUUGACGUAGAUCAGUUUCAUGGUUGUAUAUUUUUCUAGAUGUUAUGAAAAAUAUAAAUUUAGAUUUUUUUACUAUAUAAUAUCUCAAAAUGUUCGGAGUGUAGUUAUGUUAAUCAGGGAUGUUAUGGAUAUGAAAUUUCGGAUACGGUUACGGAUAUGUAAUUAUUUCGGAUUAUCCGGUAGUUUCCGAUAGUUUCGGUUACGGAUAUUUGAUUAAAGUAAAAUAUUUUUAUAUUAUGUAAUACAGUAGGGCGAUGAUUCCUAACUAUCGUUCGUCGUCAUCGUCGAUUAUUAAGUAUCGAUGAACUAAUUGGGGGACAUGGGUGUUCGGAAAACCUCUGUGUUUUAAUUUGAGAUGAAGUUUCAGUGAAGUAGCGCCAUCUCCUCUCCGUGGAAAGUUUUUAUCACACUGUUUACAUUUUGCAAAAUUAUUUUAGUACGUAACACAACACUUUUCCUUCACUUUACUAAAUGAAGUACCUACCUACUCUUAAAUAAAAAGAAAUACUAUUUAUGUAUGAGGUUAAGUAUGUUAUGAUUAAAAAUAACAAACAAACUAUAUAAAAUUCACGUAGCGCGUGAUCGGUGAAACAAAAAUCUGUAGUAACAUAUUAUCCGUAACUUAUCCGAAACUUUUUUAACGGAUACGGUGACGGAUAUAGUUAUAUUUCGGAUAUCCGAUAGUUUCGGUUACGGUUACGGAGCUCCAUAACAUCCCUGAUGUUAAUCACUCUUACACAGAAUCAUCACUUUUUCUUCGUAGCCGAUUUCAAUAAACUAUCUCGACGGCUGACUGCGUAGUUAGUUCGAUUGUUAGUUAAUCGGUUUAUUACCAUUAACUAGUGUUAAGGGUAAUAAACCGAACAGAUAAUUCAUCUGUAAGGAGUGUAGGCAUUUCAAAGAAAAUGUUCCGAUUUGGCUUUGAAUAGCGGUCAAGACCGUUUAUAGGAAUUGAUAGGAAUUCAAUGUAAUAAUAUCAUUAGCAAACAAUGAAUUAGUGCCAAAGUAGAAAGUCACCAAAUAAUGUUGUAACAUGUAACAUACUAUCUAUUUAUUGUCGAAGUAUACGAAACUAUAAAAUGCCAAAGUUUAGAGCUAAUUCGAUACUUUUAUGUAAGGGCCUAUGUCCUUUGUAUAAUGGCAUUUAAUAAAAUUUAUAAGCUUCAAAUAGAAUUGCAUUUCGAUGCUCAAUGUCAGUUUGGAUGCGAAAAAUCUAAGAAUAUUUUGACGAAGUCCGCUCUCGCGUACAUUCCCGAAAUUGUAAUGUUGGUCUAACUAUAUGUGAUUAGUGCUAUAUAGUAACUAGUUUUUAAGUAUUUAUAAUAAAUAUACUUGAGUUUAAGAUAACUUGUUAAGUAAUGAAUGUCAUUUUAGUCAAAUUCCAUUGUACCAAAGAUAUUAAUAAUACACCUAUUGGUAGCAAGGGCAUCGUCGCCGAGGUCGCCUGUGCAAAGCAGCUACCAGAGGAAUUGUAAAAUACUUCCAAUGCCAUUUCCCUCAUAGAGUGGUCUUCCAACGAUGUGUGACCUAAUCUAGACUUAUCUAGACGAUGUUAUUAUUACAUUUUUAUUUUAUACUAGUAAACGACAAGCCGAUAAGUGGAUUUCCUAAAUUUUGAUACCA